AUGCACGCGGCACGUCUUCACCUCGUCCUGCUCGGCCUUCUCUCCGGCCCCGGCUUGGACCUUGUCUCGGCCGCCAGGAGGCCCGUCAUCGCCCGACGUGGCGUCGAGUGCUACUUUGACAUCCAGGCAGAGAGCGGCGAGACCUGCCAGGGCAUGGCCUCGAGCUGGGGCAUCUCGGUCGACGAGUUCACCAAGAUCAACCCGGGCGUGACCUGCCCCAACCUUGAGGCUGGAAAGUCCUACUGCGUUGUUGGCGAGUACACGGAUGACGGCGGGAGUGAGACUACUCCCCCUGUUCCGCCUACAACCACGUCCACCACGACGACGGCCCCUCCCACCACCAUCAGGACUUCUAUCACCACCAGUACCACCACUGCCCCUGCCCCCAGCAACUCCCCCGCUAUGCCUGGCAUUGUGGAUAACUGUGACAGUUUCUACAAGGUUCAGUUAGGUGAUCAGUGCGACUCGAUCGCCCAGAAGCACGGUAUCUCGGUGGCCCAGUUCAAGGCGUGGAACACUGAGAUAAACGCCUCGUGCUCCAACCUCUGGGCCGACUACUAUGUCUGCGUCCGGGUUCCCGGUGCUACCACCCCACCCACCACCACCACCACCACCACCACCGGCCCUGCUCCCAGCAACUCUCCCCUCAUGCCUGGCGUCGUGGCCAACUGCAACCGCUUCUACAAGGUUCAGUCCGGCGAUGGUUGCGAAAUUGUUGCCCAGAAGAACGGCAUCACCACCGCGCAGCUGAGGUCCUGGAACACCGAGAUCAACGCUUCCUGCACCAACCUUUGGACUGAUUACUACAUUUGCACCGGUGUCCCUGGAGCCGUGACUAACCCGCCCACCACCACCACCUCUGCGCCCUCGCCCAGUAACUCCCCUGCCCUGCCCGGCGCCGUGUCCAACUGCAACAAGUGGUACAAGAUCGUCUCGGGCGAUACAUGUGACAAUAUUGCCGCCAAGAACACCAUCACCGUCGCCCAGCUCCGCAGCUUCAACACCCAAAUCAACUCCAGCUGCAACAACCUCUGGGUCGACUACUAUGCCUGCGUCGGUACCCCCAACGCCGCCACACCCAUGCCCGGAAUCGUCUCCAACUGCAGCCGCUAUUACCUGGUCGUUUCCGGCGACUCGUGUGAUGUCAUUGCCUCCAAGGCCGGUAUCACUGUUGCCGACUUCCGCAAGUGGAACACUUCCAUCAAUUCGGCCUGCACUAACCUAUGGCUUGACGCCCUAGUCUGUACUAAAGCUUAG